CAGACAGCCAAGCUCCUGGACUAAGUUUCUGAAUGUGUAUCUGAUACUUCCCUUUGCUGAUCUCUGGAGGCUCCCAGUAACCUCCUGGUAAUCAAACUUGGCAGGGCUCAAAUCCCCACCUCCUGGAAAAUUUAAGGAGCUUGACAUCUGCCUGUGAGGAGCUUUUACAAAGACCUCACAAGAACCCAAACAAUCUCUCUUGGCAGCAAACUGCCAAACCGAGCCCAUUUCCUCAAAAGAUGGUGGAGGACUUAGCGGCCUCCUAUAUUGCUCUGAAAUUGGAAAAUGAAAUUCUGCAGGCCCAAGUGCAGAGGCUGAUGGAAGAAAAUGCUGCCCUCCAGGCCCAAAUCCCAGAGCUCCAGAAGCCCCAAGCAGCCAUGGAGGAUGAACGACUCCAGAAGCCCUCAGAGGCCCAGGAGCCUCCCAAGCCCAAAGAGUCCCUGGAUCCUCCAGAGUUUGGGGAGCCCCAGAAGUCCAGAGAACCCCAGGAGCUCCAAGCCUGGGGGCCUUCAGCAUCCCAGGAGCCCCAGGUGACCCCAAUAGCCCAGGAGACCGAGAAGUCUUUAAAGCCUGCAGCAGCCCCAGAGUCCCUGGAGCUCCCAGCAACCCAGGAGCCCCAGGCACUUCCAAUGGUCCAUGGGUUCCCAGCAGCCUGGAAUUUCCAAAAGCCUCCGGAAGCUAAAGCGUCCCAGAAUACCCCAGUGGCUCAGGAGACCCACAAGGCCCCAGAAAUCAAGGAGGCUCAGAAGUCCCCUGAUACACAGGAUGCCCCAGAGGCCCAGGAGCCCCAGAAUUCAGAGCUCCAGGAUCCCCCAAAUGCCCAGGAGCUCCAGGAGGCACCAGAAUGCCAGGAAACCUCAAUACACCUAAAACCUCUUGAGCAUCUGGAGUUUCAAGUACCCCAGGAGACCCUGGAUCCUUCAAAUGCCCAUGAGUUACUAGAGCUCUCAGCACCCCAAGACUCCCUGGAGGACCAAAUCAUUAUUGAGACAUCAGCAGCUUCAGAGUUCCCACAGUCCCCCAGUGGGUUAGAGGCUGAAGCUCUCCCCUUAGAAUACCCUUUCGCCUUCAACAGGGAUGCCCAGAAGCUUCCUGAGUUCCUGGUUCAACUGAAUAGUUACAUGAGAGUCAGAGGGCACCUGUAUCCCACUGAAGCAGCCCUGGUGAGCUUCGUUGGCAACUGCUUCUCAGGUGAGACAGGAAGGUGGUUCCAGCCCUUAGUAGAUAUGCAAAGCCCCCUGCUGGAGCAAUUUGAAAGUUUCAUACAAGUGCUCCGGGAUGCUUUUGACAACCCAGAAAACAUGGAAGAUGCCAACUACCACAUCCGUCAGCUCUGCCAAGGGGAGGACCUGGUCUACCAGUAUGCGACCCACUUCUACCUCAUUGCUCAAGAUCUAAACUGGAAUGAAAGCACUCUCUGCAUCCAAUUUCAGGAAGGGCUUGCCAGUUCUAUCCCAAAUGAAUUGUCUCACACAAGCCCAGCCACCAACCUAUGUGAUCUGAUCACCCAGUGCAUCAGCCUAGAACAGAAGCUAAGUGGUAAGCCUGAUCCAAAUUCACAAGGGGCAAGUUCCUCUGAGGAGAGAGCUGGGCCUGAGAGUCCUUCAGCUGAAAACCAGCCUGUGCAGGCUGCAAGCAAUCAUCCACACCUCAGUGAAGCUGAAUGGGCCCGCCGCCGUGAAGGCCACUUGUGCCUCUACUGUGGUCAUCCUGGUCAUUUUGCCAGAGAUUGCCCUGUCAAGCCUCAUCAUGCCCAGCAGGCGGGAAACAUCGAGGCCCGGCGGUAA